AUGGGUGCAAAUUCAUACUUAUUAACUUUGCUUUUGAUUUAUGCACUCCUAGUCCUACUACCACAUGCUUCUACAACUCAUUACAUGGUUAAAGCCAGCUCAGAAGUUGAUUCUCAGCCUCCCGUGGAGAAAAAUUCACCGUUCACGUUCUCCAACACAUUAAGGGUGGCGGCAAUUAUGCACCGCCGUAGAGCACCACCUCCGCCGCCCCCACAACCCAAUAGACCCAUUCACUUCUCCCCACCACCGCCGCCAACUCCGCCUCCACCUCCACAGUCACCUUAUUCGUCAUGA